AUGUCAGACGAGCUGCUGGACGAGGUGGAAGCAAUAAACUCUAUAUACGGUGACGGGACACUCGCACCCACGGAAGAUGAGUCCUCAUCAACAUAUAUUCUCAAGCUACCCGGUGACGCAUCAUCGCUUAGAAUCCGGUUUCCGGAUGCAUAUCCCGCACAACCACCCCUAGUCCUGGGCACGCACCACUCCUCGGGGGGCGUCAGAGGCGCCGGAGCGAGAGACGUACGUCUAUUCAAGGACAUACUGCCGAGCGUCUUCCAGGAGGGCAGCGUGUGCCUGUUUGACGCGGUGGAAGAGUUUGGCAGACGGGUCGAGGAGCAGGCCCCCGGCCCCGAGGAGACGCAGGACGGGCCGGAGGACGAGGAGCCGACGCCGCGGGAGGAGGAGGAGGCCCUGCCGGCCCCGGACUGGACACUGUCCGCGGUCGUUGUGGAGAACAAGUCGACGUUUGUGGCGAGGGUAGCGAGGGCGUCGUCGCCCGAGGAGGCGAGGAGCCACGUCGCGCACCUGCUGGCGUCGGACAAGAAGGUGCGGCUGGCGACGCACAACAUCACGGCAUGGAGGAUACGCGGCCACGGGGCCACGCAGUUCCAGGACUGCGACGACGACGGGGAGACGGCGGCCGGGGGCAGGCUGCUGCACCUGAUGCAGGUCAUGGACGUGUGGGGGGUGGUCGUGGUUGUGAGCCGGUGGUACGGCGGCGUGAAGCUGGGCCCGCGGCGGUUCGCGGUUAUUAAUGGCGUCGCGAGGGACGGCAUGGUUCGCGCGGGUGUCGCUGGGAAGUGA